AUGAAACUAUCAAACCAACCAAACAAUCAGACACUUUAUCAUCAAAAAAGUGAUAUAAUUCCACACGUCUUCUAUUCACACAUUCGAGUCGACCUGAUUCGAGCUGUUCCUCUGUCGGGACUCGCGGCUGUGGAUGCGACGACGCAAUCGCAACAGACAGCCGCAAUUGCUGCUCAUCUCUACUCCUCAAAACGGUCCUCCACGGGCCAGAUGGCAAAGUCGACGUGUCACCUCCUCGACGCAAACGCCUCGGAGACAAGGAUUUUGUUGACGAAUAUUCCAGAAGCUGGCUGGUCCAACAUCGUCGAGGCACAGGGACAAAUGAACCAAAGAGACUACAACAAAAGCAGAUGA